UAACUUGUCAUGUUUAAAUAAUGUGUGUUUUCUGUUUUAAAGAACUCAAAAGAUGGUGUAAAUCAUUCACAAAACCUGAAAUUUGUCUUUCAUUGUUAGAAGCUGUAUUCUUGAUUAUAUUAGUCACAAGCCUGACCUUUUUAGUACAGCACUUCUUAGCAUGUGCGAGUAGGAAUGUAAACGAACAUGUGAAUACAUCCACCACUUUUAGACAUGAGACAACUGUACCAGCCAUAAUCCCGGACCAAACAAAGUAUUACAAGCAAACAACACAUAAGACAUUUCCACCGGGUAUUGAGUGCACUUGGAAACCCUCAAAAAAGACUAGACCUACAAUGCGUUUCUUUGAAUAUAAUCAAACUGAGAGUUCAUUUUAUGAAUUAGGAAUAAUUCAAUCUGGUAAACUUAACAUUUCUCAGGCUAAAUCCACACCUGAUACAAUAUCAGAUAUUUUAGGAAAGGACAAAAAAUUUGAUGGAGAAUAUGCAGAAGAUUCUUUUAAUAAUCAUGUCUUGGCUUUAGUAAAAUUUAAACCUCCGAAAGACAUAAUUUUUGGCUGCAUACUCACUAUAAUCUCAGAAUUUUGGACAAUAACUGCUGCCAGUUGUAUAGAUGCAAUUGAAGAACUGGAUUCCCUGGACUCUUUUGUGAUGUUGGAAGACUAUGGGCUGGAGAAGAAAGGUCAGAUACAUACUCUGUCAGAUGUGCAAGUACACCCGUUUUACCAGAAUGGGAACAAGAGUUAUGACCUAAGUGUUCUAAAGAGCGAGGAUAGCUUAACAUCUGGUUCAAGGUUUCCAGUGGAAUUACCAAAUAUUAUUGAUUAUUUUCUGAUUACUGUAGGUGAAAGUUUCACUAUGCUUGGAUUUGGUCCAUUAAGGACAAUUGAUAAAAGUCUAUCAGGUCACAGACUGCACAAAGCAUAUGUGUACAAUCUCUCAACCCGUCAGUGCCGCAGUACAGAUGACACAUGGUCACUCCGCCAUCUGCAGAGCGGCUCGGCCUUGUUGCAGGGUGGAUGUGGACGGUCAGCGCUGUGUGCAGGGGUCUUAUGGAGUAGAAAUGCACCCUGCAACUACUGUGCGGGGACACCGCUGCUGUCCGAAUCCUUGCUCCUUGGCGUCAUGAGCGACAAUCAGCAGUGUGGCGUCUCCUGCGACCCUCAGAUUUACGUCAAUAUAGCCAUGCUUAGGGAUUGGAUCGAUUUUAUUAUUGGAAAUAAAUGACAUGCGUCGUA